AUAUCAAUCAACCACUGCACCGUACUGCAACUGCAUCCCAAACCACCCUCCUCCACCCUUCACCCCCUCUCCCAGGCAAACCAACACCAACCCUCAAAGAUGCAGUCCACAACCACAAUCCGAAUCCCACGCUUCCUCCUCCCGCGAGGCAUCCCCACCCCUCGAACCCUCCAAGCCCUGACCAGCAGCAGCACCACCACCACCCGCACCCCAAGCACAACCCCCCACCGCUGCGCCUCCAGCAAAUCCGCUACCGGUCCCAAAAACAAAGACAAACCGAUCGUGCUCCCGCAGCCGGACAAAUUCCGGCCGCCGUCGCACCCGCAGCGGCGCGUGGUGCGCACCAGCAACGGGCGCGUCGUGACCGCCGACCCGGUGCAGUACGGCCCGCGCCUGACGGAGGCGGAGAAGGAGGCGCAGCGGAAGAAACAGUACCCCAACAUGUUCCCGCCGGAGGGGACGGUGGCGCAUAAGUUUCUGACGAAUCGGGGGAUUCAUGUUUGGAUUGCUAUGGGUGUCCUCACUUCCCUGGCUACGUUCACCUUCACCACGAACUUCAAGCGGUCGUCGCCGUUCGCGCAUCUGCUCCCGUCGUGGUCCGGGUUGCUGUCGCAUCCGUUCGAUACGGUCGGCCAGGCGCUCGCGGUGUUCCGCAUGCAUGUCGAGCAUUCGUCGCAGCAGACGCGCGAGAAGCGCCGGCAGCGCGUCGAGGAUGCCGAGAAGCGGAGGCAGUAUCGCAUCGCGCAUGGGUUGGAGGAGGCGCCGGAGGCUGCGGAGGGUGCUGCGGCGGCGGCUACCGUGGAGGCGGUGGAUGAUCAGUCGCCUAUUGCUCGCGAGGCGGCGGACGGCACGUAUGUCGAUUGGGAGGGGCAGAAGAGGCCCGUGAAGAAGUGGUUGGGGAUUUGGUAGGCUGGUAUCGGAUCCGUCCGGUGCAAGCGGGAGUCGGAUUGGAGAGAAGAGGUGCUGCGGUGUGUAAGAUGGGGGAUGUAGUUGGGGAAGAUUUUUAGCAUAUCUUAGGUCUAUGUACAAUACUACUAGCUUUCCACCCU